AUGGGUGCCAAGUACGGUCAGUUCAAGUUAGUGUUGCUUGGCGAAAGCUCUGUAGGGAAAUCUAGUGUCGUUUACAGGUUUAUAAAGGAACAGUUUGAGGAGUUUCGUGAAUCGACUAUUGGUGCAGCCUUUUUAACCCAAAGCGUCAAAGUUAACAAUGAAAAGGGAGAGGAAGUCACUAUUAAGUUCGAAAUAUGGGAUACUGCUGGACAGGAAAGAUACAAGUCUUUGGCCCCAAUGUAUUAUAGAAAUGCCCAUUGCGCUAUAGUGGUGUACGAUAUAACCAGAGAGAGCUCCCUCGCGAAAGCCAAGAAUUGGGUCAGCGAGCUCAGAAAGCAGAACAGUAACAAUGCUAAUAAAAACAUGGUAAUUGCUUUGGUGGGAAAUAAAUCAGAUUUGGAAAGUGAAAGGAAAGUUGACAAGCUACAGGCAUUUGAGUACACAAGAGAGGAAGGGUUAUUAUUUUUUGAAGUGUCAGCAAAAACUGGUGAAGGUGUCAGAGAUGUAUUUGAUCACAUCGCGAAACUGUUGGCCGAGAGCUACGAGGAAUCUAUGAAUUCUAACAACGGCAUGAAUAUGAACCCCAAUCAAGUUGAUUUGAUGAAGGGUACGCAAAACAAUGACACAUGUGCUUGUUGA